AUGAGAGUCAGUAAUGAAAUUAUGAAAAUGUUGGUGGUAGUCACGGUGUCCAUUGGUAUCAUGCUGAAAUUAAAACGAUGCUUCAAUUCGACAGCAAACAAAAAACUACUGUAAACCAAACCGAAACCUACCACAUCGUAACCGAAUCAAAGCUUUGUUUGGUUCAAAUUGACAAAAUAAAGAAUUUCGAAACCGAAAAUUGAAAUUCCAAAGAUUUCUAAACCGGUCCGGUUAAACCGUAUUGUCAAUCCAUGAAUGAAGUAAACAAAUUAUACUAAAUAAAAUAUCUGAGAAGAUCAGAUUUAUUAAACUUUAAAAAAAUUAUUCUGUCGUGACAAAAUAUCUAUUCCUCUUUCCUAAUUUUUCUCGCCACCGAAGUUGCAGACUCUAUCCGAGAAUUUAGGGUUUUUGUUCGUUCUCUCUUCUCCGAUCAUCAGAUCCACGAAACUCUACUUUUCGGAUCAGGUCUCAGCUUCUCGUUUUCCCCCCUCAGAUCAACAAAGUUUCAUGUCUGAACUUGAUUCCCAGGUCCCUACUGCCUUUGAUCCGUUUGCUGAUGCGAAUGUUGAGGACUCGGGUGCAGGAACAAAAGAGUACGUUCACAUUCGUGUCCAGCAGCGGAAUGGUAGGAAAAGCUUGACAACGGUCCAGGGGCUGAAGAAAGAGUACAGUUACACCAAGAUACUCAAGGACCUCAAGAAAGAAUUUUGUUGCAACGGAACUGUGGUUCAAGACUCUGAACUGGGACAGGUUAUUCAGCUUCAAGGUGAUCAGAGAAAGAACGUCUCCACGUUCCUAGUCCAGGCUGGUCUUGUGAAGAAAGACAACAUCAAGAUUCAUGGUUUCUGAGCUGCUUCUAUUGCAUUGUCCCUAGGCUGCUGCGUUUACUUUUCUAAGCGGAUCAUUACCGUUAUCGUGCUGUUCAGAAACGUUUCUUCACCUUCCUGUUACUGUUUUUUCUUUUCGUUUUAGAUUUGGUAUGAUACGAAGAGACUAUCAUCGUUUUCUUUCUCAUGCUACCUCUGUAAUAUGAUGAGUUUGUUAAGAAUUCUCUAUUAACGUUUGUCCCUUCUCUCUAUAUACUAUGUCUUACCAAGAUGGAUCUCAA